AUGCCCUCCAACUUCCCUUAUUCCCCUGCCAUCACCAUCAUCUUCCUUCAGGACUUUAGGGGCCAGUUUGGCCGCACGGGGGUUCGAUCCCGCGGCUUCAUCAUCCCCCAGUUCAACAUCUCCUUCCUUCGCAUGCCCUCCAACUUCCUAGUCCGGUCCAGCCCUGUGGGCGUGGCGUCCAGUGCAGGUGCGUGGAGGGUGCAUCUGGAUAGGCCUGACCCGAGCUGGUUCAAGCUGCUGCCCCACACCCACUACGUUAUCUUCAGCGCUGGUCACUGGUUUAUAAACGUGAGUGGGUAUGUUAAUACGGGCCAAGAGCUGCAUGGACAUGCGGGGGCAGGUGAUGAACGGCACGAGGAUGCUGUGGGCAGAGAGGAAUACGGAGACACUGCAAGCGAGAGACGCACAAGUGAAGGUGCGUUUGAGCUGGGUGCUGAAUUGGGGGGUGGGGAGGGGGGGGAGAGGAAGAAUGAUGUUGUGAUGAAUGGGACGAGGAUGCUGUGGGCAGAGAGGAAUACGGAGACACUGCAAGCGAGAGACGCCCAAGUAAAGGGUGAUGAACGGCACGAGGAUGCUGUGGGCAGAGAGGAAUACGGAGACACUGCAAGCGAGAGACGCCCAAGUAAAGGGGAGGGUGAUGAACGGCACGAGGAUGCUGUGGGCAGAGAGGAAUACGGAGACACUGCAAGCGAGAGACGCCCAAGUAAAGGGGAGGGUGAUGAACGGCACGAGGAUGCUGUGGGCAGAGAGGAAUACGGAGACACUGCAAGCGAGAGACGCCCAAGUAAAGGGGAGGGUGAUGAACGGCUCGAGGAUGCUGUGGGCAGAGAGGAAUACGGAGACACUGCAAGCGAGAGACGCCCAAGUAAAGGGGAGGGUGAUGAAUGGCACGAGGAUGCUGUGGGCAGAGAGGAAUACGGAGACACUGCAAGCGAGAGACGCCCAAGUAAAGGUGCGUCUGGGCUGGGUGUUGAAUUGGGGGGUGGGGAGGGGGGGGAGAGGAAGAAUGAUGUUGUGAUGAAUGGGACGAGGAUGCUGUGGGCGGGGAAGAACACCAAGACACUGCAAGCGAGAGAUGCUCAAGUGAAGGUGCGUUUGGGCUGGGUGCAAGCACAUACCCUCUUCUUUUCCUGCGUGAAAAUGAGGGGGGGAGGUGAUGGUCGGGACGCGGAUGCUGUGGCCGGAGAGGAACACCAAGACACUGACGCCCAUCACUCCCGUCAAUCUCACCCUUCGCUCUCUCAAAUCUCCCUAACCCUCCACCUACACUCCCGCAACCCUAUUUCUCUGCCCUAUCCCUUCGCUGCUGUUCUCUCCAGGCAUUCAGCUCCUAUCCACAAUUCAAGAUAG